GAAAUUAAUUAAAAUUUGAAAUAUGAAUAAAAUGGAAAUUGAAGAAAUGAGCAGCUUUGAAUCAUUGCCACUUCUGUCCUUAAAUCAUGUGUCUGUGUUGUGCAGAUCAGUUUGGGCUUCUGUGAGAUUUUAUGAGGAUAUUUUAGGCUUUGUUAUGAUCAAACGACCUUCUUCUUUCACUUUCAAUGGAGCCUGGUUGUACAACUAUGGCAUUGGAAUACAUUUGAUUAAAGACCCAGCAUUGGAUGAAUUUGAACCCAUCUUCGAACCUCGCCCUAUUAAUCCUAAGGAUAAUCACAUCUCCUUCCAGUGCACGGAUGUCGGACUUGUUAAAAGAAGGCUACAAGAAAUGGGAAUGAGAUAUGUGACUGCAGUAGUGGAAGAUAAUGGUAACAAAGUGGAUCAAGUAUUUUUCCAUGACCCAGAUGGGUACAUGGUUGAGCUCUGCAACUGUGAAAAUAUCCCAAUUAUUCCAAUUUCUGCAUGCACAUUUAGCCCUAGAAUGGGCAGCUUCAAGAGACCAACACUCAACAAAUGCUGGUUCAUGGAGAAUGUUAUGAUGGAGAGCUUGAGCAUGGACAUGUUGAACAUUUCAUUUUGACAUGCAUACAUACAUGUAUACAUCAUCAUCAUCAACCCCAAGAUAAUUGGGUUAUCUUUUAUAAAUCUUGCAAUCCCUUAGGAUUAAACAAAGUGUAUAUUGGAAUUUUAAUGUCAUUGGAGUCUGGAGAUCAUUGUAAAAUUGUUAUUGGAAAUGUGUUUAAGAUUCAAUCCUUCUUCAAGUUUAUAUUAAUUAAUUUUACGAA